CGGGCGCCCGGGCAGCUCUCGGUAGCAAGUCGGGAGGAAGCUUGAUCUCUGCUGGGCAAAGAUGAUGACUGCAACCGCAGCCGCAGCCGGGGAAGGGGCGCACAGCCCCAGCCCCGCCGCGGUGUCUCUCGGCUUGAGCGUGGCUGUGGUUUCCAGCCUGGUGAACGGAUCCACUUUCGUGCUUCAGAAGAAAGGCAUCGUGAGGGCAAAGAGACGAGGUACUUCUUAUUUAACAGACAUAGUUUGGUGGUCUGGAACAAUUGCAAUGGCUCUUGGUCAAAUUGGAAAUUUUUUGGCUUAUACAGCAGUUCCUACUGUGCUGGUCACUCCCCUUGGUGCUCUUGGUGUUCCAUUUGGGUCUAUUUUAGCUUCUUACCUUCUGAAAGAAAAACUGAACAUCUUGGGCAAGUUGGGAUGUUUGCUAAGUUGUGCUGGUUCUGUUGUUCUUAUCAUUCAUUCCCCGAAAUCUGAGAGUGUAACAACUCAGGCUGAGCUUGAAGAGAAACUUACAAAUCCAGUGUUUGUUGGCUACCUAUGCAUAGUGCUCCUCAUGCUGCUGCUUCUCAUUUUCUGGAUAGCGCCAGCCCAUGGACCCACCAAUAUUAUGGUGUAUAUCAGCAUUUGCUCAUUGUUGGGGAGUUUCACUGUACCAAGCACUAAAGGAAUCGGGCUAGCUGCUCAAGACAUCUUUCAUAAUAAUCCAUCAAGUCAAAGAGCCCUGUACCUUUGUCUGGUCCUUUUAGCCGUACUUGGCUGUAGCAUCAUCAUUCAGUUUCGGUAUAUUAAUAAGGCACUGGAGUGUUUUGAUUCUUCUGUAUUUGGUGCCAUCUAUUAUGUUGUAUUCACCACUUUGGUCUUGUUGGCAUCAGCAAUUCUUUUUCGGGAAUGGAGUAAUGUAGGACUGGUAGAUUUCUUGGGAAUGGCAUGUGGAUUCACUACUGUUUCCAUUGGCAUUGUCCUUAUACAAGUCUUCAAAGAGUUCAAUUUCAACCUUGGGGAGAUGAAUAAACCUAACAUGAAAACUGAUUAGAAUACAUUUAUGGGUAUUGGGUGGCUCAGGGAACCAGUAGCGGGAUAUGGUUACUGGUCUGAAUUUGACCUAGGUUCGCAGAGACCAAAAUGUACAAACAUCUGAGAUGUUUGAAUUGUUGAUGGAAUUAGUAGAUGGCCUCUGUCAAAUUCCUAGUGAACAAAUGUCCAUAUCCCUAAAAUCACCACUACAUAUGGCAUUCAUCAGUACUACAGUGGCUAUCGUCAGCAGAAGAGCCAAGCGUUGAAACAGCAUAGGGACUGACACACUGCCUCCCCUGAAAAUUAAAUCCCUCCCAAAACGUCUGAGGUUCCCCAUUCAGCAUUGUGGAAUGGCAGUUGAGGCAUCCUACCUUUUUGUUGACUAGUCUUCUGUUUCUCACUGUUAUUAACUAAGAAGUUUUCAGGAAUGUCAUUUCCUUUUAAAAAAAAAUUUUUUUUAGCCAAUUUAAAUAGAAAAAAAAAAAAAGAGAUGGUGCUCCCUUUUAUUCUUACGAUGCCAAAUGUUCUCCUUUAUGAAAUCCUUACAUUGAAAAAGGAUGUGAAAUGUUAAUUCGAUCAUAGGCUUGAAAUCUAACAGUUUAGUGAACAUUUCCACAUUUGUCAUUUUGGAUUAUGUAUGUGUCUCUGACAUAAAAUUCAGGCAUUUAUUCAAGUAAAAGAUAACCACUAACAAUUAGUUGAAAAUCUUCUUUUAAAAAAGUAGGUCUCCAAGAUUAGUUAAUGCCAACAUUGGGGAGGGAAGAGGCAAAGAAAAGAAAUAAAGAAAUGAUGUAAUACAUCAUUUUGUUUGUUUUGCAAUACAUGUCAAGAAUUCAAAUGUUUCAGUGCCUUUGCAUUUUAAAAAUUCCCCUUAAUUUGAGUGAGCUAAUGAAAAAAUAACUUCUUUUAAAAAAUUACCAUUAUAUAAAUCAAAAUAACAGUUUCUUUGAAUGUUCUCAAAUUCUAAAAAUGCAUAAGUCAUCCUGAAAAAACACAAUAUGUUUCUGGGAAGAUAGUCAAUCUAAGACCACUUCAAAGCUAUUUGGAUUUCUUUAGUAUGUAACUAUCAUCAGACUAAAGACAAUUGGGUAUGUAAGGACAUCUCCUUUUGCAGUUCAGCUUAUGCAAUUAUAGCAUUUCCAAAUUCCAGCUUUAAAUCUAUUGAUUCUGUAGGUUAAUGAUUUAUUUCAGGAAGAAAUUCUUGUGUAUCUUGACUAAAUGACUUUUCAGAAAUAACUCAUUUGCUAAAUUCUAAUGCUUUCAAAAGAGAGAAGAUUGAGUUCCUUGAAACCAAGAGCUGUAGGAGAAAAACAAAAAAUGAGCUAAAGCUAAUUUCAAUAAAUUGAGAAGCUGGAUUAUAAAAGAACAUUUGCAACAUAAAUUUUCUAAAAAGUUUAUAGCAAGAAUUGAUGACCACAGCUGAGUGAGUUUAUUGUCCAAUAAAGAACAUUCUACUCUUUUAACUUUUCAUUCAUUACAAUUUGCAAAUUAGUACUUCAUUAUAUCACUAUGUUGAUUAUGAUUAAUGUUCUGUACUUAAUAAUGCUAAAUGAAAUAAGACUAAAACACUAAGUGACAGAAAUCCCAGCAAAAUGUCAUUUGUUUUAUUGUGUGACAUUUUAAUGAAACCAAAAAAACUAUGGAAAAUAAAGAGUUAGGGUAAAGAACAAUAACUAUUUCUGACUAUAGGGAUUCUAAAUAAAGCAAAGCCAAUGGUUCCUAGAAAAAGUCAAAUGUCACCUGAAAAGCCUUGUUAAUUUACAGGGCUAUGAAAUUUUGGGAAACUUUAUACAGAAAAAAAAUGAAAUCAGACUACUAUUUAAUGUAAAGAAAAAAACAUUAAAAUGGGAACUACAUUUUAUGGAAGUAAUUUGUGAGUAAAGACACUAAUAUUGUGAUGAUUCUUUUUAAAAGUUAUAAAUCUAACUUUGUUAUUGUUAACUGAUCUACCAUAAAUACUCCAAUUUCUAUUAAAAGAUAUUUUAUUUAACUUUUAGAAGGGGAUAGUGAUUUAGCACAAAAUAUUUAGCAACACAAACUCUAAUCAAUUACUUCAUGUGUUCAAUUUUCAGGACAGGACAUAUUGGCAAUAUUUUCAAUGCUGUGAGGUAUAGAAUAUUUUCAUAUUAUGGUACAAUCAUAUAAAGUUGAGGGGGGUUUUCAUGUAUGGCACAGAAAUCUUUUAUUCUUUGUCAAACCUGGUAUCUGAAGAAUGAAAAAGUUUCUAAAAUGUAAUAUACUUUAUCAUAUUUUACUUUUUUGAGGAAUGAAAGUUUGAAUGUUAUUUCUUGAAAUUUUGUGAAAGUCUGAAUAUCAAAAUAAAAAUAGAAUAUUUUAAGUUUUCCGCAAACAAUUCCCUAUAUUUAGAUACUAGACUAAUUAUAAGCAGACUCCCCACAUUCCUCAGAAUACUCUGAUACAGAUAGUGUUUAAAUCCUAGUUUAUACUAAAAAGUAUCUUAUCAGUAUAGAGCUAUUCUUAUUAAGCCAAAUCAUACAGAGUUUAAUGUGAUCAGUCCUUUAGAAAUACUAUCAAGUUUAAAAAGGAAAAACUAUAAGGUGAACUUAAAGCUUAGCACAGAGCAAAUAUAACAUCUGAUUUCAAGCAGCCAAUGUAUUAACAAUGUAUUAAAAAUACAUUGUUAAUUUAAAAUUAAUUUACAAAUAGAAUGGGGGAAAUGGUUAGAAUCAUAUUUUAAGUUUAAAUAAAACUCUUGGAAUAGGUAGAAGAAAAUAGGGCAGUUCUAAGAAUUGAGCCUUUUCAGAAGCAAAUAUAAAUAGCAUCAUUUCAGUACCUUCUAUUUUCUUAUCAUUUUGGAAGAAAACACCACAAUUUUCUUAAUGUAGUUUCAAAGUCAAAUAAACUCAACAAGCAUUUAUUAAGCAUCUACUAUGUUCCAGUCAUUGUUGUAUGCACUAAGGACACAUAGAAAAAGAAAAACACAGCCCCUAUUUUCAAGGAGCUCAGACUAGUUGAGGAGAUAAUGUGGAAACAAUUAUUUACAAAUAGAUACAGACAAUAUAAAUUGGAGAUACUAGAAGAAAGGGACUAGCUUUAAGUGGAAUGAUAGGUUGCAGCACCAUAAUAUGGAUUUGUUUUAUCUUUUUGCUUUUCCUUUUAUAAAAAUGAAAACCACAAAAUUACCAGUUUAUCCUCAUAGAGAGGCCUCUUUUACCUCCUGAGCAUUUUCAAAGUUUUUGUCUGAAAUCAUAAUUAGAUUAGAAUGUUUAGAUUUCACUUGACAUACACUUAAAGGGACAAUUGUCCUCCUGCCUGGAUGGUGCCUUGUUCCCUUAUCUUAAUUUUUUUGUUGUUUUUGACCUUUUUUUAACCCUAAUUUUUUUCUAUGUAAUGUUAGGAUCAUGAUGAUGAUCCUUCUUCAGACCCCAAGCUGAUAGGCCACACCAAAACAGUUUUUCUUCAUUCUCUCUUCCUUUUUAUAGAGAAAAGGCAGCCUGCUAACUGCCAAAUAUUCAUCUAGACAACAAUGGGAAUGACAAAAUCUAGAGCCUUUGGGAAGGAAUCCAUGAUUUUCUAGUGGCCUUGUUCAUCACUUGCACUGUAACCACAGCCUUUUCAGAACAGAAUGAUAAUGAAAUAUAUGUUUUUGUUAUUGGUUCAGCAAUAAGCAAUAUUCUUGUAAUUCCCAUUUGUCAAGUCUGUCUUUAACCUUUUUUUCUGUGUUGUAUUUGUACCCACUUUCCUUUUUUUCAUCCAGCCAGCCUUAUUCUUUUCUUUAGCUGUGUUCUUUCCAUUCUAAAAUCCUAUAUAUGUUUUCUGGUAUAAGAUAUCACUAUUAAAUGUGCUGUCAGUUUUCAUCUUCUGUAUUCCACAAUAGGUAAACACUUAAUAAAUAUUGGAUAGGUCCUGCCAGAUGAAUAAAUUACUUUCUGAGUAUAAGUUAAGUACUUUUCAGGCAACUUUAUUAUCACUUAAUAAGGUAAAAAUUGUCAUAUUGUUUUCCAAGGGAGGGUGUCUACUCACUUGAUGGCUUUCUUUCUCAGUAGCAAAAUGAUUUUCAGAAAAGCAGAGAAGGAAAGAAGUAUAUUUCUUUAGAAAUCUAGACCUUUAAAUACUUGUUAUCCUGAUUUAGGCUUAACAGGUUUAACUAUUGUGGCUUACUGUCCUGAAAGGAAUCACUGCACUUCCCCAAGUACCUGACACUUGGAAAGUAAUUUACUCAUCAAGCAGAUUUUGAUCUAUUAUUCAUGUCCUGCCAUCUCAGGGAGUAAAAGUAUAUUAUUGACUCCUAACACUUAGUCUUCCUCCCUUUGAAAAAGCAAUCUCUGAUUAUUUUAGGGUUUAUUUAUAUUCAUAUUUAAGGGCAAAAGUUGUAUCAAUUCUGAAUCUAAAAGAAAAAAGGAUUCAGAAUUUGUAAAUGGAACAUUGUCUCAUAAGAAAGUUGAUGGUAUAAUAUACCUCUACCUAUUUUAUAUUCCUUAGAUGUAUAUUACGUUGCUUUUACUGUGGAGUAGUCUUUAGGAUGUAUUCUAUAGUGUAGCUGAGCUUUAUAAAGCUAGAUUAUUGUUCCUCCAUUGUGUAUAUGAAAAGAUAAAGAUUAAUAUGAAUAGAAAUAAGAAUUGGCCUAAUAAUAUUAGAGGUUGGGUUGGGUUUUUUAAAAUAUGUAAACUCCUGGCAUAUUGCUAAAGUAAUAAAAACUCAUGUUUCAAAUAAAUUAAAUUACAUGUGAAAACUUUGUUUCUGUACACCAAUAAAAAUUUCUACAGCAGAUACCAGAUAUUUGAUAAAAUAUAGAUCCUUUAGUUAAUGUCACUGGUAUGGGAAGUAGUAUGGCUGAGGGUUUAUAGCAGAGAACAGAGUAAGGCUUUAUUUGUUCUUUCAUUCUAUCUUGUGCCAGCGGCUUGUGCAGCCCUAUGAAAGUUAACCUAACCUCUGUGCCUCAGGUCCCCAUCCAUCAAAUGGGGAUAAUUCUUCAAAUAAAUUCUUUUGAGGCUUGAUUUACAUUUUGGAGUAUUUUGAUUACUAUAGGAUAAAAACACUAUGUUAAUUGACAAAAUCAAACUGAUUGAUUUGUAAUAGAGUAAUUUUGAGCCCUGAAAAAAGAAAAGAAAAACAGGAUUAAAUUUAUGUAAAAAUAGGAAACUUUCAAUUUUCCAUUUUUUCUUUCUUUUUUUUUUUUCCCCAAAAAAGGAAGGGUUUAGGGGCAGCUAGGUGGUGCAGUGGAUAGAGAACCAACCCUGAAGUCAGGAGGACCUGGGUUCAAAUCUGGCCUCAGACACUUAAUACUUCUUAGCUGUGUGACCCUGGGCAAGUCACUUAACCCCAAUUGCCUCAGCAAAAAGAACCCCGCCCCCCCCCCCAAAAAAAAAGAGUUUUAUAUUGUCUUAUCUCAAGGUUAAAAAAAAACAGACUUAAAAAACAAAAAUCAGAGCUUUGAUGGAAGAUUAGAUAUUGUUUGCAUGAUGAAUCAUUCUGAUGUUCCAACUUAAACAGAGAUCUUUAUAGGCUUUUGAAAUUUAUCUAGAUCUAUGUUCUUUAGAAAAUUUAUAACCUGUAAUAAAAAAAGGUUACAAUUUCCUGUUAGAAUAAAUUUGUAAUUAAUUAUGCUUAAUGUCCUGCCUUCAAGUAGUUCAAUCUUUAUACUUAACUCUUUGUUAUCCUGGAGCACAGUAUUCACUGCUCCCACACAUUUCUGAUAUAUUUUACAUUCACUAUAGUAAAUGUCAGAAAUUCCUAAAUUAUUAGUGCCAAAUUAUCACAGUGAAAAGUGGAGAUUAUUUUAUUUUGUAAUUCAGAAAUUAAAGAUCUAAUGCUUUUCCAUAUAGGUGGCUUACACUUUGGGGGAAAAGGAUGCUGUUUGCUCAGUAACUUCCUGAGUAUGUUUUUUUAAAAAUUAAAAUAUUGUCUUUCUGAAAAUUGGAAUGUAAAACUUGAAUGGGGGGAGUACUCUAGAAUAUAAAAAGGCUUAAUUGCAUUUGGUUACAUAAAUGUUAUUUUAGUGUGGUUGCAUCAAAGGAGAUCAAAAAGAUCUAUUUUAUUAGCCUACAAAUACUGUAUAUACAUUUGUUAAUGACUAAGAAUUCUUGCUUAUCUUUUGCUUUUUAAAGAUAGUCUUGGCAUGUUGUAGUUGCCUCAUGUAAAUUAUAAAAGGCUAUUUACUAAGUUUUCCAAUAACAUAUUUAUUAUCCUGUAAUGUGUUUUAAAAUAAAAUAAUUUAUUUCUAGCUGA